AUGACGACGGAAAGUGGAAACGAUCACAUUGAUGGACUUCAGACAGACAAUCAGUCGAUCACAGAUGUAACACAAUCACCAUGCGAUGAAUCGAAUAGAAAUUCAGACGUUUUAAGUACAACAACUGAUAAUAAGUCAAAGGACAAUCCAACCAAUGAAACAGAAGAAAACGAUAAUAAUAAUGAUGAUGAUAUGGUGACGACUACGAUGCAGCAUAAUAAUGGUGCAUCAGAACAACAGCAAGAAACACAAGCUAAAGAAUCAGCUGAAGAUGAUCAUCGAUCUAAAAGAUCAUUUACUUCGAAGGCAAAGUAUUCGUAUCAUCGGGCCCCAUACUAUGCCAAUGGUUAUUCGUACGGACCAGCAGCGCCCUAUUAUUUUUAUCCAAUCGCACCGAUGAAUGAAAAACCAAUACCGUUGAUGGUGAUUCCAACUCAACCAGCAACGACAGCAUCAGAUAAUUCAACUAGUAACUCAGCAACAGUUUCACCUCAAAAUCUACCACCACGUUUGCGACAAACGUCUGCCACUGAAAACGACUCGAAUGCACAACAAUCAUCAUCUCAGGCACCGACAGCAUCACCGUCGCAAGCUCCGACAAGCAAUGGUCGUCGACAUCGAAGUAUUUUACCACGCGGUAGUUGUAAUUAUUAUUCUCCACAUCCACCACCCCUGAUGGCUACACCUCCUGGUGUUCUUUUUCCUUAUCCAUCAUCUGUUCAUCAACCAGGUCAUAUCGCAUAUAACAUUCGAACACCAGACGAACUCGAAUUGCUUGCUUUUCAACAACAGCUAAUGAACAUGCCACCUUCAGUUCUAUGGCCACCGGGAUCAGCAUACCCUCAUCUUCCACCUUACUCUAUGUACGAAUCAUCCCCAUACAUGUACAAUAAUCCAUCGUUAAUGAAUUCGAACAAUUCAUUACUUAAUCCGGAAGCUGCUGAAUGGAUACCGAUUAGUACAGAUACGGAUGCAUCUUCAUCAGAUAACAACAUUUUAAUUGAUGAUGAAAUCAAUUUUCCGCCACUGAAUAAUCAUCGCACAGAAGAGAAUAAUUCUGAACCAAAAGCUUCAAUGGAAUCCUCACAAGAUACACCUACAGUUACUAAAAUCGAUGAUCUUACAAAGAUAACUACAUCAAAAGUCGAAACAUCUACUACUUGUCCAUUGUCUAGUCAGGAUGAUAAUAAACCUGUAUCGUUAUUAAAGGCAGCAACAGUAACAUAUUCAACUGUCAUUCUUCAAACACCUGCUGCUAACAAAUCAAUGAAAACUCAUCAGGGUCAACAACAAUCAACGAAUUCUGCACAAGUUUCCUCGUUAACGAAACAAAAACAACAACAACAGCCGUCAGCGGCUCGAAACAUGAAAGACAAUUCCUCUCGUCAACGUCCAUACCCAUCGAAUCGAAAUAAUUUCAAUCGAACACGAAUUCUUCCUUCAAACGAAACAACGAAAGCACACGAACAAGUGACGGACGAUUGGAUUGAAGUUAAAUCGAAGAAAACGAAAAAGUUCGACCGUUCCGCCAAUGGCAGUCAUAAAAAAUCAUCGAAAUUCACGUCAGAUGAGCAAACGCAUAAAACCAUCUCACCACCCUCAUCACUCUCAUCAGCCGAUGAACGCACGACAGCAACGUGUUCAUCCGAAGAAGAAGACGACGACGACGACGACGAUGAUGUAAAUAAUUUAUCUGAUGAUAAACUUCCACUACCUGUUGAAACCAAAACAGAUUACAAUCAAUUAAUUAUCAAUGAUAUACAUAAACGACUCGAUAAUGAUGAACGAUUGUUGAUUCUGAUGAGAGGAUGUCCAGGCUCGGGUAAAUCAACAUUGGCUAAAUCACUCAAUCAUGGUUAUAACGGGCAAAUCUUAUCUACAGAUGGUUAUUAUAAAGAUCAUAAUAAUCUAAAUGAAUACUUCUUUGAUCCAUCCAAACAUGAAGAUGCUCAUUAUUAUUAUAAUAGUCGAUUAGCAUCAGAUGCGUUCAAACAGAAUAUUUCUCCCAUCAUUAUUGACAAUACAAAUGUCACAACAUGGGAAAUGAAGCCAUAUGUUUUAAUGGGUAAAGAAGCAGGUUACAAUAUUCUUCUUCUCGAACCGCAAACACCUUGGCGUUACAAAGCGCAUGAAUUAGUCAAGCGAAAUGUUCAUAAUUUGUCAUUACAACGUAUUCAAGAUAUGUUAGAUCGAUUCGAACAUAAUGUUACUGUUCAAAGCAUUCUUGAUCAAACGAAAACAAGUGUUUACAUCCCUUGUUCAUCUGCGCAAGUAUCUGAUCAACACCAGACUGAUACCGAAUCCAUCGAUCCCAUCCUAACAUCGAAGAAGUUCUACGAAACCAUCGAUGAUUCGAAUAUUCUCGACGAUGUUCGUCUUUGCAUUAACGACAUGAUCUUAUUUUUGACAUCGACCUUCUAUCAAGCAUCACAACCAUUCGCGAUGUCGUUUUCUGAUCUCUCGUUGAUUCCAUCGUCACCGACAACCCCGACAACAUCAUAUUCACUAUUUCAUCGAUCUAUGUCGCGUUUUCCAUCGACGACAACAAGUCAGGAACAUUCAUUUACAAACGAGCAUUUCCUACGUUUACCAUCAACGUCCUAUUCACGUUGCUUGGAAAGUCUAUCGCCACCCUCAUCGAACAGUUCGAGUCUGGCCGGUAAAAAACGACGAAAAAGUAAAAAUAAGCAAUCGCCACAUCAAUCUGAUGAAAUGUUAUUCAAUACAAAUAAUAACAAUAAUUACAGGAUCAACACAGAAGAUAAUUAUUCUCGGCAAUUCGUGUAUAAUGUUUGUCUUCCAGAAGAUUGCACUGAUUUUGUUGUUAUUGAUGAACAGAAUCAACCUGAUUGCUCGCAUAAUUUCAUUCGCGAAGAGAAAACUUACCGGUAG